UCGCCUUGUGAAGGCACCUAAAAUUGGGAUCGACUAAAACCACGGUCAAUCGUCCUUCGCUAACAAAGUUUACUUGGUGCUAGAACAGCAGGGAAAGGAAAGGACGCGCUACAAAAUGAGGGCAGGCUGCCACCAUUGACUGCUCACUUUUGUCAUUUGUAUGCGGGGCUCACACGGUUCCUCCCUCAUGGUGUGUCAGGAAUGUUCACGUACGUAUGCAUGUUUUGUCGUGAUAACACGGGUGUGACCGCAACGUCGUGACGUGAGUCGAUGUGGAGUGAAGUUGCUCUCCUGGAAUGGAACCAUAAGGGAUAGUGGAAACGAACAACAUGACGGAUGCAGACGUGUCAUCGCAGAGCGGCGGCUAUGACGUGGAGCAGUUUGUGGACACCCCCGACUACGAUCUCAUCUGCACUAUAUGCCAAGGGGUCUUGCGGUGCCCCGUUCGAGCGGCGUGCCACCACGUCUUCUGCAAAAAAUGCAUUUUACAGUGGCUCAAGAGACAAGAGACCUGCCCUUGCUGCCGAAAGCCGAUUAACGCAUGCAUGAUCUUUGUCAUGUUCAAACUCAGCAAGUCCAUAGGACGCAUGAAGAUAAAGUGUAAGAACGAGAUCCGUGGCUGCGCAGCGACUUUCGCCCUCUCGGAGCAGUACUGUCACAGCCUGAACUGCUUGUUCGAGUUAGUCCCUUGCCCGUACCCCGGGUGCCGAGCGCAGCUCCUCCGCCGCGACCUGGAGGCCCACGCGCGCCACUGUGAGCAUUGGCUCCAGCCGUGCCACAUGGGCUGCGGCACCGUGCUCUCCCACCGGACGCGGGCUCAGCACAACUGCUACAUGCAGCUCAAACUUCAGUACCAGGCCAAGUGCAGGAACCACGGGACCAUCGCCGCCGCCCUGCAGAAGAAGAUGAGAAAGAUGCAGAACACCAUGGCACACAUGAAGAGGCAAAUUGGGCUGAUAUGCGAAAGUCUACAGGCGAUGGAUGAGCUGCACAAGGUGGAGGAGGACUUGGAAGAGGGCAGCUCCAGAUCCACAGGAGCCAGAUUCAGCAGUGAAGGCUGACAGUCGAGGGAAGAAUGUGUUUAUUUCAUUGAUGUGUGUGGGAAUAUGCAGGUAGGUUUAUCAUCACAUUAUAUUGAGUGAAUUUGUUACAUAUUGUAAAUAAAACAAGGAUGACUAAAUAUACAA